AUGCUUACAUCCCGUCAACCAUUCGUUCGGCCAUUCUUGUUGUCGAUAUUGGUAGUAUCGACAGUGACAUCCAAACUGCUCCAUCUCUUCCAACAUGCGGGCUCAAUACCGACUGCGCUCUUGGCGCUCUACUUCCCAACAUUCUUUAUACAGGAAGUUUUAUUAUCUGCGGCAACGUGGUUCCUCUUGCAGAAAUCUACAAGUCUAAGAUCAAUUGUGGGAUUAAUACUCGUUCCUGCCACGGCAUCCUUGACAUUUUGCCUCUGUUCCUCCCAAUUAGGGUUCUACUUUGUAACCGGAAGUGAAAUCCGCUGGGAUGCCGUCACAAGCGUUGGAAAUGACGCCGAGGGCAGGAAAUUGAUGCUCAGCGGGCUCAAGUCGUUCCUGGGUAGCGCAGCAAUACUACUCAUCAUGUCAUGGAUUUUCACAAGAGUUUGCUCCGCAGUCUUUGACCCCUGGCUAUCUGCGUUAUUCAGUACUCAACCUACAGAGGAUAUGCACGAGGAGUCUAUGCUCGACAACCCAAAAGCCGCCACUCGAAGAAAACGUCCAGUUCGGCUGUGGACUAUCCUUGGUGUCAUUGGCACGCUUGGGCUUUGGAUAAUCCGCCCCAAAGUGCCAUAUAGCCACAUGUCAGGCGCUAUCCCUUUUACUUUCCUCGAGGCAUUAGUUGCAAGUCCAGCAGAAGCGCAUCAGUCUGGGGACAAUGCUUUCCCAUUACCAGAACUCAUUAGCGAGGGACAUUGGAAGGCACCGGAUGGCCGGUUCAAAGGCUGGUCGCCGAAAUUUGAUAUGGGUACUACAACCUCGCCAGAUUGGGCUUCUGGAAAAUUACCACCAGGCUUUGAACGCUGGAGCCAAAAGAACAAGCAUGUCGUCGGCCCAAAUACAAUCAAAGCAAAUGGAACAGAGCAAAACGCGACCACCAUCAAGAAUUAUUAUAAUCCAGUCAACGAUCCGUUGCGAAUUACGAAUCUCGACCAGAAACUGCUGGAGCCAUUAACCCUGGCCCUCAAGGAUCGUGAUGUUCCCAUCACUCACGUGGUACUUGUGAUGAUGGAAAGCACAAGGAAAGAUGUCUUUCCCUUUAAGUCAGGCUCUCAUCUGCAUCGUGAGAUUCUCAACUCCUACAAGUCCUUGGAUUCGGACUUGCUCCAACAAUUGAGUGCCAAUCUAUCUCACCUAACGCCUAUCUCCGAGAUACUGACCGGCGAAUCUGGCGGUUUCCCCAAGACUAAAAGGGAUGCAGAGUCAUCACUUUGGGAAGAUACGGCUGCAGCUGGUAUGGGCGGGCUCAACGUCAAUGGUGUCUUGACCGGUGGGAGUCUCUCCUUCAAAAGUGAGAUUGUGAACCACUGUGGAGUCUGGCCACUUCCAGUAGACUGGAUGGAUGAGAUCAAGUCCGAUAUCUACCAGCCAUGCAUCAUGCAAGUGCUGGACUUGUUCAAUCAAUUCAAAGAGAGCUCGACCACUGAAUCUUCGAGGGAUCUUCGAGACCGCAAGUGGACAUCCAUCUUCAUGCAGGCUGUGACUGGAGUAUUUGCCGACCAGAAUAUUCUGAAUGACCAGAUGGGCUUCAAAAAGACCGUCUAUCGUGAGGAUAUCGGCCAGAAAGGAGCAAAGCACUACCAUGAUGAUAUAGAAGAGAUCAAUUACUUUGGUUACUCGGAGCGCGAAGUAUAUCCAUACAUGGAAGAUGCAAUUGAUGAUGCGAUUAAGAACAACGAAAGAUUGUUCCUUUCGCAUUUCACUAGCACAACACAUCACCCGUGGGCUCUACCAAAGGGGGUCCAGAGCGAACAAUAUUUCUCUGACGAAAGUCUCAUCGGGAAGCACGAGGAUAUGAACAGUUACCUGAACUCCGUCCGCUACGUGGAUACCUGGCUAGGCGACAUGCUGAGCCUACUAGACAAGAAGGGCAUAGCCAACGAGACACUGGUGGUCUUAGUGGGAGACCAUGGUCAAGCAUUCCAAGAAGACUCACCAGUGACAGGCUGUUAUGAAAAUGGUCACAUUAGCAACUUCCGUGUCCCUCUCGUUUUCAGACACCCACUUCUACCCAAGAUCCAAAUCACAGCGAACACAACAUCGAUAUCCAUCAUCCCAACCAUUCUUGACUUGUUGGUGCAGACUAAAUCACUCAACGAGAAGGACUCGGGCAUUGCAUUGGACCUGAUGAAUGAAUACGAGGGCCAAUCGCUCAUUCGUCCAUACAAAGCCACCGACGACGGACGACAAGCGUGGAAUUUCGGUAUCAUUUCCGCAGGCGGCGAGAUGCUCAGUGUCGGGUCUGCCGCUGUACCGUAUCGACUGAUCUUACCAUUGACACAAGGGUUUGAAUUUGUCUUUUCUAAUAUAGAGACCGACCCCGAUGAGGUAAAUCUCUUGCGGGGAUGGUCGGUGGACGAUUUGGUAUCGCGGGUGCGGAGUGUCCAUGGGGACAAAGCCGGGCAGUGGGUGGCUGAAGCUGAGAAAGUGGGCAAAUGGUGGGCUGGGGAAACCAAAAGGCUGUAUAACCAUGCCGAGUGA